AUGGAGCAGAAGGCCACCUCUUACAACCCCAAGCGUCCGCGACCCGUUUCCCUUUCCAUCCACGUCCCCAAAGUCAAGCCCAUAGCCGAGAUCUCUGCUCCCAAGACCACCGGUAUGAGCUACAACCACCACAGGCCGCUGUCGCCUGGCGGCAGGCGCAUCGCGAACCCAGGACGGGCCUCGGAGAACACCCUCACCGAUCCAUACUACCAGCCGCGACACAACUCCUACGUCUCUCCACGCAGCAGCGGAGGCGUCAUCCCGAUCUCCACCCAGACCUUCAUCAACGUCCCGCCUCCAACCAACUCUCGACCGGCCGAGCGAUACGAUUCCUACUCCGGAAGACCGAGAAGAUCUUCGUUGGUGGACACCACAAGAGGCGCUGUGGGCUCCACCACUCAGCUGCCAAGCCGCAGCAGGCCGGCGGUCAUUCAGCAGGACUUUGCACGCCCCGCAAGCCCGAGCAAGUUCGCACGAGGAGAGAAGGAGAAAUACGACUACGUCACACCUGCGUCGUCACAGGAACCUCGGACAACUACAACGACACACAAGAAGCUCUACAGCGUGGAUGGAGAUGGAGCUGCAAAGCUUGUGGCAGACGUGAAUAUCCCCGGUGGAGCCGAGAGGCAUCACAAACGCCGAGACAGCGUGGACCGCAGCGGGUAUAGAGCACCCGUUGCGACGGAUCGUGAGCGCGAGCGGGAACGUGAGAGAGGCAGGAGAGGCUAUCACACGAACGGCACGCACAAUAGCAGGCCAAAGGAGAAGAGCAUUGACGACGACGACGCCUAUUCCUACACGGACCCUGCCGGCAUGUACCGAGACACCGAGCCGAGAUGGAGAGAAGCCACCCGGCAACGGCGAGGAAGUAUGGACCGUGGUGGAGCGACGAGUCGAGAAAGGCCCGUGAGCAUGCUGGACCCAGCCCUCGCCACGUUCGGCGUACGAAACGCGGCCAAGGAAGUUGGUCCGCCGCCAAGCACACGUGGAUGGGACAAGAUUAACGAUGUUGGACGUACACGGAGUGUGAGGGAAGAGCCUCGUCAGGUUGCCCAGUCCCCUGUACGAGGCAGGACCUAUGCCGAGCCCGGUGCGUAUGGCGAUCAAUACUACGUUCCGCCGCGAACCAACUCCACAGACCGAAGGACGUCCGUCCACAACUACGAGCCAUACGAUCACGAAGACAGAAGGGAGCCACGACGGCCCGAGAGAAGACACAGCAUUUCCCGAGAUGCUCGGAUGGACCAGAGCGUGGAGCGGAGAGGUUUCGGCAUCAGGACUGACUACAGAACUGAGAGUCAGAACAGAUAUGCGGGCGGCCGUGGGAGUGAUGAGAGCAUGGAACAUUCCAAAUACAGAGACUCUGGCUAUGGCGAGCCACACCGGAGGGAGACGGCUCCGGAGUACUAUCCUCACGAUAUUUCACGCCACGAGCAGGAGAAGCGUGACCGUGAAAUGGCCCAAAGAAUGCAGUACGACGAGUAUGGAAGGACUAGAGAGCGAGGAUAUUCUGACAUCCGGGACUACUCGCGAGAGCCCCGAAGACGUGAGGACGACAAGACCUACUAUAACGACUACGACCGUCGGGAACGAGAUGGUGAACGGGAUCGGGAACGUGCACGGCAAAUGGAGCCGCCUGCAGACCGCGAGAGAGAUCGACACCAUCACCGCCGUGGCACUGCAGAUCGGGACCGCGAGUACAAUGGUCGAAAGGAGAGCAGCCCCAAGACGAGUGCAGAGCCUGUGGCUAAGCCGGGCCUUGCACAGGCUGCCACUGGUGGGCUCGCGGGUGCUGCGACUGCGUUUGGUCUCACAGGCCUCCUGAAUAAACUCUCCGACAAGCGCGAGAAGGAGAAAGAGGAAAAUCUGGAGCGGGAUCACACUGACCGCGGAGAACGCAGCGAGCGCAAAGAUCGCGACCGCGAGCGAGAGCGGGAGCGUGAACGUGAAGACCGAGAUGACCGCGAUCAACCCCGCGAGAGGAGACAAGCUGCGAGCGACGAGCCUCCCUAUGAGCGUGAGAAGGAGCAGAAUCGCCAUAGGGAUACCGAUCGCGGGCUGGGCUUCGCAUUCGAGGGCCCCGAGCCACCUAGAAGUGCGCCUCCCACGAACACCGAAUGGAACCAGAACCAGGAUCGAAGGUCUGAGUGGAGCCAACAGCCGCAGCAGAGCAACGCGGAGCGUACACAAGAAAGACAGACGCAAGACCGCAACCAGGACCGCGUUGGACAGCGGGACUUUGAGCGCGAAAGAGAGUAUUCCAGCAAGCCCGCGGAGCAAGCAGCGUCUGUACAAAUGCCUCCGCCAGCUGUUGAUGCUGAUGAAGACUACCGCCGGCGGAUGGAGCAGGUGCAGAGAGAGUUGGGUCGCACAUCUGACGAACGUGGCUCCGACUCUGACCCAGAUCGUGAGCGCCGACGCCGCGAAAGAGAACAGCGGCAACGGGAGCGUGAGAGCCGAAACAAUGGUGCAGCUUCGUCGGUUGCCGGCGAGUCCACCUUCAGCGAGGCGCCUCCUCAUCCUGCUCUCAGACGAAGUUUCGAGCAGGACAAUCAAUCGAGCUAUGGCGCCAACGCCAGUACGACCACGGCGUCUACCAUGCCCGGGCUGAGCAGAAAGCCGAGCAUUCUCGACCGACCCAUGGCGAACGAGUCUGCUCAGAUCAUUGACAACAGCCUCAGCGAGAGGCGCGAGAACCGAGUGCGGAUAGUGGACCCACCUACCGAGGAAGAAGAGAGGCGCCCAAGGGGCAUCCUCAAGAAGCCCACCGAAAAGUUUCCCGAGGAUCCGAACGCUGUCCGCGAAGGCGUUGCGCCACUCAAAGACGUAAGUCUGCUCAUCUAGGAGGACCCAUGAGGAAUGUACUAACGAUGACUUACUAGGCUACCAAGAAAGGCAUCCCGCCCGGUGCCAGAUGGACGAAGAUUGAUCGCCGCCUCGUCAAUCCCGAAGCUCUUGAAGCCGCUCACGAACGAUUUGAAGAGCGCCUGGACUGCGUCAUUGUACUUCGCGUGCUGACGAAGGAGGAAAUCCAGAAACUCGCGGACCGCACGCGAGAGAUUAGAGGUAAACGCCACCACUCUCCUUCCACCUCAGCAGAUUCUUCGGACGACGAAGACGAGCACAUGAACGGCGCGACAAGGUUCAAGUAUCGUGAAGGAGACGAUGAUGCGUAUUCAACAACGACAUCAGCGUUGUCUUCCAAGAGAAGCCCGCUCCUACACCGCACAGAUUCUGAUACCGCUGCGCCCAAUGCCGAAGAGAGGCAGGCGGAUCAGGAGCGGCGUCGGAGGCUGGGCUCUCAGCGCCGUGCAUGGACAUAUCACGUCGGACAAGGCUUGCGAGAUAUUCUUAUUCAUUCACUAACGCGACAUGCAGAUCGUCGGUACGAAGAAGAUCGUGAGGAGCGCAAGACGGCUCGUAAGGCGAACGGACGCAACCGCGAUCGACGCGAGAGGGACGAGUACGAGCACAGUGACAGCGAGGACGAGUUCAAGGAGAAGGCUCCGAAGAUGCUGGAGGCGCCGACGACUGCGGGUGCGCCGAGUGCGGACUUCAGCCAGAGGAGAAGCGAGAGAGAGAGGGAGGCCGAGCCGCAAUACAUGUCUGGAGGAUUGGGGAGGAGGGAUGAUUCGCAGGUGCGCUUCUGA